GUCGCGCCGUGACGUCACGGUGCUUCCCGAUGACGUCAGGCGGGCCCAUGCGCCGUGGCCGCGGCGGUUCUGUGUGACGUCACGAGGCCGGCCGUGACGCGCCGGCGGCGCUGGGAGCGGGCCGGGACCGCGCUCGCCGCCCGCCCCUCGCACUACGGGUCGCGGCUGGGGCCGCCCCGGCGGCGGGGACGCGGCCGCCCCCGGCCCCGCCCUCGCCCCGGCGCUCCGGCCCAAGAUGGCGGCGCUGAGCAGCGGCGGCAGCGCCGAGGGGGCCUCGCUCUUCAACGGGGACAUGGAGCCCGAGCCGCCCGCGCUCGGCGCCGGCUACGCGGGGGGCGGCAGCGGGGACCCGGCCGUCCCGGAGGAGGUGUGGAACAUCAAACAGAUGAUUAAAUUGACACAAGAACAUAUAGAAGCACUGCUAGACAAAUUUGGAGGAGAGCAUAACCCACCAUCAAUAUAUUUAGAGGCCUAUGAAGAGUACACCAGCAAGCUUGAUGCCCUACAGCAGAGAGAACAGCAGCUACUGGAAUCCAUGGGUAAUGGAACUGAUUUCUCUGUCUCCAGUUCAGCUUCAACAGACACAGUUGCAUCAUCCUCCUCCUCUAGUCUCUCUGCAGCACCUUCAUCCCUUUCAGUUUAUCAAAACCCUGCUGAUAUGUCACGGAAUAACCCUAAGUCUCCACAGAAGCCUAUUGUUAGAGUCUUCCUGCCCAACAAGCAAAGGACUGUGGUUCCAGCAAGAUGUGGAGUUACAGUCCGAGACAGCCUAAAAAAAGCGCUGAUGAUGAGAGGUCUUAUUCCAGAAUGUUGUGCUGUUUACAGAAUACAAGAUGGAGAGAAGAAGCCAAUUGGCUGGGACACAGACAUUUCCUGGCUCACGGGAGAGGAGUUGCAUGUGGAAGUUUUGGAGAACGUGCCACUCACGACACACAAUUUCGUACGAAAAACAUUCUUCACGUUAGCGUUCUGCGACUUCUGUCGGAAGCUGCUCUUCCAGGGGUUCCGCUGCCAGACCUGUGGCUACAAAUUCCACCAGCGCUGUAGUACAGAAGUGCCACUGAUGUGUGUUAAUUAUGACCAACUCGAUUUGCUGUUUGUCUCCAAGUUCUUUGAACAUCACCCCAUACCAGCGGAGGAGGCCUCCUUAGGAGAGACCACCCCAGCAUCUGGAUCAUACCCCUCAGUGCCCCCCUCAGAUUCUGUUGGACCACCAAUUCUCCCUAGUCCUUCUCCUUCAAAAUCCAUUCCAAUCCCACAGCCCCUCCGACCAGCAGAUGAAGACCAUCGGAAUCAAUUUGGGCAACGCGACCGAUCCUCUUCAGCUCCCAAUGUCCACAUCAAUACAAUUGAGCCAGUCAAUAUUGAUGACUUGAUUAGAGACCAGAGUUUACGAGGAGAGGGAGGCUCAGCUGCAGGCUUGUCUGCAACACCUCCCGCAUCUUUGCCCGGGUCUCUAACCAAUGUGAAAGCGUUACAGAAAUCACCAGGACCCCAACGGGAAAGGAAAUCAUCCUCAUCCUCAGAAGACAGAAAUAGAAUGAAAACUCUUGGUCGACGAGAUUCAAGCGACGAUUGGGAGAUACCAGAUGGACAGAUCACAGUUGGACAGAGGAUAGGAUCUGGAUCCUUUGGAACAGUCUACAAAGGAAAGUGGCAUGGUGAUGUGGCAGUGAAAAUGUUGAAUGUUACAGCACCCACACCUCAACAGUUACAGGCUUUCAAAAAUGAAGUAGGAGUGCUCAGGAAAACACGACAUGUGAAUAUCCUGCUUUUCAUGGGUUAUUCAACAAAACCCCAGUUGGCUAUUGUUACACAAUGGUGUGAAGGGUCCAGUUUGUAUCACCAUCUACACAUCAUUGAGACCAAAUUUGAAAUGAUCAAGCUAAUUGAUAUUGCACGACAGACUGCUCAAGGCAUGGAUUAUUUGCAUGCCAAGUCAAUCAUCCACAGAGACCUCAAGAGUAAUAAUAUUUUUCUUCAUGAAGACCUCACAGUAAAAAUAGGUGAUUUUGGUCUAGCUACAGUGAAAUCACGAUGGAGUGGGUCCCAGCAGUUUGAACAGUUGUCUGGUUCCAUUCUAUGGAUGGCACCAGAAGUUAUUAGGAUGCAAGAUAAAAACCCGUAUAGUUUUCAGUCGGAUGUGUAUGCGUUUGGGAUUGUUCUCUAUGAGUUGAUGACUGGACAGUUGCCAUACUCCAACAUCAACAACAGGGACCAGAUAAUUUUCAUGGUGGGACGAGGAUACCUAUCUCCAGACCUCAGCAAAGUACGGAGCAACUGUCCAAAAGCUAUGAAGAGACUAAUGGCAGAAUGCUUAAAAAAGAAAAGAGAUGAGAGACCCCUUUUUCCACAGAUUCUUGCCUCCAUUGAGCUUCUGGCCCGGUCAUUGCCAAAAAUUCACCGCAGUGCAUCUGAGCCCUCGUUGAACCGGGCUGGCUUCCAGACAGAGGAUUUUAGUCUCUAUGCUUGUGCUUCUCCAAAAACACCCAUCCAAGCAGGGGGAUACGGAGAAUUUGCAGCGUUCAAGUAGCCACAGCACCAUGGCAGCACCCACUCUGUUAUUUAAGUCUUGUGUUCCUACAGUUUCUUAACAUCAAAACUCCAUUCUGCUCCGCAAAACCUAAAGUAAUUUAGAAAAGAUAUCCAUAAGCUUAAAAGUGGAGCAGAAUGGAAACACCAUUCCAACACAAUGGGGAAAAGUACCUUUUUGGGAACCAGAGUCCUCUGCUGCCAGUGUUUCUCCUUGGACACAAACCAGCACGUGCAUUCGGAGACCUGCAGUGGCUGCCUGUGCCGUUGGCAUCAUUCCCAGGAGAGAGGAGAGGGCGCUCGUGGUGGGACUGUGGUGCUCGGGCGUGCGGGGAUGGAGCUGCUGCUGCUGCUGCAACUUAGGAGACUUGCUUUGGAUGGUGUGCAGGCCAGCUUUCUCCCUCUAACAGCGUAACCAUCAGAGGCUGAACUUCUGAUGAGUGCUAAUUUCAAAGAAUCGUUUUCCCUUCUGAUCCUUUUUUUUCCUGGUGUACUUACUGAUUUAUGGACAGCGCAGUAUCCCCUUUUCACUGUAUUACAGUGUCAAACACCUCAAUCUGUCUAUAUUACUGGGGUUUAUUCUUUUAAAAGUGUGGGGAAGUGGGAGCUGGAUAUGUUAUUUUGAAGGCAGAGAGAUUGAUCUGAAGGAAAAGGGGAUGCUGCUACACCUUUUUUUCAGAUUUACUUUACCACUUCUUGAAAAGAACAAACAACAACCAUCAUCCUUAACCUUUUUCCUUUUCCAGUAUUUUCUUGGUGUGUGCAUAUACAACAUCUCUUUGAAGGAUUAAGUCAAUCCUUCUUUUGUUGGUCCAGCAACAAACUGAAGUUUAAAAAAAUGUAGCGAGAUUGUCCUCUCUUUUAUUUUUUUUGUAUCAUAUGAUACAAUGUAUUUAUCAAAGAUGCUACUGCAGCAUCUAAAGUCUGUAGAAAUCCUGAUACAGACUGUGAACGGUGUAUGUACCUACUUUAAAAGUUUUAUUUUAAACGAGGGUGCAGGUUAAUGCCAGGUACCUUACCAAUAUGUAAUGUUUUCAUAAAUGAGGAAAAAAGUUCUCAGGUUGAAUUGAACACAAAUACAAUCUCCCCCUAGAAUUAGACAUUCCAAAAAUUAUGUUUUGGUACUUUCAAGAGCUUUUUUUAACGGAUUUUUAUCCUGUUAACUAAACGUCCUCUGAUAAGUGUGUGUGUAAAUGUGGAGCAUCUUGUCCUAAUGGCAAGUUGUUAGAUCAAAACAAAACGGUACUUGCUGGAUCCACGCUGACUCCUCCUCCUCUCAUUGCUUUCCUCCCUGUCAUCCCUUCCCUUCUGUUUGUCUUUCCCUUCUGUACACUUUGCAAACUAGGAUGAAGGUGGCGGUAUCUCCAUUAGAGUGCUUUGUUUUCCUGUCCUCCAGUCCUGGUUUUCAAAUGGUUAGUAGCUUUUUUGACAAGUUACCCAAUCAGGGAAAACAACAACUCAUAAAGUUCUGCACAUCAUUUAUUUACCUCUAGUAGAAUAUCUCGUGAUGUGAUCUGCUUGCAGAGUUCUCUGGUAUGUGGUAUUACCUGUAAAUUAUUUGUACAGAGGCAAGGCAGACCACAUUGGAAAGAAACUCAAGCUCAGACAGAAGUUUCCAGAAUUUGAUUCGUAUCAGCCCUGCACCACUCCAGGUGAGGCAGGAGAGCUGACCCUCCUCUAGCAGGGAGGUUCUUGUCAGGAGGAGGUGGGGAGUGUUUAACAAAACCACGACGAAUAAAUGAAGGAGUUAAAUGUGUGUGAAUGUGGUGUCCAUGCUAAACGUGGAUGUACCGAGUGAGGGUGCUGUCCUUCCCUCCCUAGGGAAAGUUGGACUGUUCCUGUCUGCAGAAGGUUGCUCCCAGAUGAAGGGAGAAAAGCACAUCAGAAGUAGAAGGCGCUGUUAAUACCCUGGAAUUUUGCAGUGUUGCUGGUAGUCUGUUACAUUUGUCAGUAAAUAUUUACUGGGGCUGUAGGGACCGGACUGAUCUGAAGUGGGAAUUAAAACUGAAAUACUGUGUAUUCAUAUUAAUUCCACAAACAUUAGCAAGAUAGCAAUAGUGAAUGACUUAAUAGUCACUACAAGAAUGAAGUGAUUCAUGUUGGUACAUGAACAGAAUUGAUUUUGUGUAUGGGACACGUUGUAAAAACGAAGGAAAAACAAAAGCACAAUUUUUUUUCUUGUCUGCUGUGGGUCUUCAGACGCUGUAAAGUUUUUCCCUUAGUGAGACUGGCAGGAAUUAAAGAAGUAGCAAUAGCCACUUUGCAGUGUGGAGAAGCUGAUGCAGAGCAGUGUGUGCAGAUGGUGCAGUCAGAGUGCUCCCUGGUGAUCAUCUGAGGCCAGUACUGAGAGUGGAGGGAGCCUGGAGCCCUGUGGCAGCAGGCAGGUGAGAGCCUUUACCAGAUACAGGCUCCCAGAGGGGGAAGGAGUCACUGCUUCUCCUUUCACCCUGUGCCUGGCUCCAGCCCCUUUAUGGACUGUGGCCCCCUUUGUACGUGUCAGGGAUACUGAGGUAAAGGUUCUCUCAAAAGAAGCUGUUAACAGAGCAAGUAUGGACAGGUGGUGGUUCAACACUCAUUUGUUUUACAGAGCUUGUUAAACACUCUCAUUUCCUUCCACAAAGUCAUGCUGGCAGAAUUUAGAAACUUCAUUCUAUCUUUGCUUAAAAUGAACUUAUUUUGGUGAAGAUUUGUUACCCAUUAGCCUACAAUAUGCUUCUUGAGCCCAUAGGAAAAGCACAAGGAAAAUUGCUAUCCUUGUCCAUGCAAAGCACUUUAUAAGUAACACAUGAUCUCUGGGGGGUUUUUUAUUGGGGUUUGUUUGUUUGUAGUUUUGUUUUCCUUUUUUGUUUCUGGUUUUAUUUUUUUUUUCCCUGAGGAAUGUGCAAGUUGUUUGGCUGCUGUUUAGAGAAGUCCUUUCAGGAUGCAUUUCUACUGGUUUUCUUGUUUGUUUGUUUCCCACCAGAUAGCUGUAGUAAUGUGUGUUUGUCUCUAAGAGUUCCCAGGUAAUGCUCAUGCAAAACUUUGGAAGAAAUGUGGUUUGUAAAUAAUUGGGUUUAUUUUUGGUUUUAUCUUUUCCUUCAGGAGUUUUUCUGGAUGUCUUGCAUGCCAUCAGAACCAGUCUUAAAGAUGUUUAGUGGAUGGGGAAACCAGAAUAGAUGAGAAAUGAGUGCCCUCUGUAGCAUGGGGUGAAGGAAGUAAAUGGCAAUGACCGAUACAUUCAUGCCAUUCACCCCAAAUUCCUUAAGCUGCUUCGUGGUGUCCCAGCCACAGCCACAUGCCAUAGUGUGGAGAUGUGAGUACAUACUUCAUGUGCACGUGUUGGGACAAACACCUAGAGAGUCAUACUGCUUCUUUCAGCUCUGUAGUAUCUUGUAGGUUAUGAUCAUUUGCAAAAGUGCUGGUAUCCAGUCCCAGCUAAUUAUGUCCUUAUUAACCAGGCACAGACCUUCCCCUCUACCUUUCCUUUUCCAUGCAGGUAACAGAGGCCUGUUACACCUUCCUGCUCAGUACAUGGUUGUUUCCCCUGGUACAUUUGCCAGAACUGCAACACUGUGGUGGAGCUGAAACCAAAUGGCAGGAGUAUAGAGGCCAGGUUACUUUGAAAGUAAUUUCUGUGUCAGUUAAGUCCUACCUAGCCCCAGAGGCAAUUAGCCCAGUCAUUUCUGUUUUUUUGAAACUCAUGCAGGUCAUGAAAUGAAUCCACUUCUUUUUAUGCUUACCCAAAAUCAUCUUUUCUUGUACUUGAAUGCUCUAGCAGCUGAUGAUGAUGCAAAAUGUUUGAGAAUACAUGCUGCCGUUUUACCAUGGCAUCUUAGCAUUACUUGGAUUGGUAUGUGCUCAUUGGAGGCAGAAUUUAGCCUUUGUGACCAAAAUGAGUGAAAUUCUGAUUGUUGAUCAAUACAUUUCUUUCCAUAAAUGCCCAAACUGGGGGAAAAGUACCCUGAAGAUCACAAAUAGUUUUUCUUCGGUGUUUGCCUGGUGGUGUAAAUGCAUCCAGCAUUUUACAGAAGGCUGAGGGAAGCCAGAUCCCCAGACAUGUCACAAACUAAUUGAAGCUUUGAUAUCUGGAGGGGCUAAAUUUAGAGAAGAAGCAUGUAGAGAUUUCACACUUUUGCAGCCUCUAGAUUUUAUUUCCUUCUUGACUGUCAGUGCAGUGUGUGUGUAGCACAAACUCUUCAUAGUACUGUAGACAAGGUGUCCUCUAUUGAUAAAAUGUAUCACCAGUAGCACAGUGGGACAGCAAAGCUUCUAGGUACAGACAAGUUAAAAAGCAGCUGCAGGAGUGGACUCUUAGGGCAUCACUCUGAAGGUGCUGAGUGUUCUGGUUUUCUGUAAUGCAUUUUGUGUAGAAGUUUAUGAAACAAACUUUGUUUACUGCAGCCUUCUUACUGUGCAUUUGCACUUGGUGUUUGUUUUGGCAUGCAUUUGGAAUAGCUUUCUUCACUGCUUCAUGGCUUCAUACCAGCUUCAUACCCACCAUGUGAAGUUUAGCCAGGGCAAGUACUGGAUUCUGCACUGGGUGGGUAACCCUGGUUGUGUGUACAGACUGGGGAUGAGAGGCUGGAGAGCACAGAGGGGCCUGGGGCCCUGGUUGAUGGCAAGUUGAACACGAGUCAGCAGUGCCCUGGCAGCCAGGAGGGACAUCCCUGUCCUGGGACACAUCAGGCACAGCAUCACAGCCAGGCAAGGGAGGGGAUUGUCCUGCUCUGCUCUGACCUGGGGCAGCCUCACCUCCAGUGCUGGGGGCAGUUCUGGGUGCCACAGUGUGAGAAAGGUUAUUGCUAUUAGACUAUUAGUGAUAAACUGUUAGAGAGUGUCCAGAGGAGGCCCAUGAGGAUGGUGAAGGGCAUUGAGGAGAAGCUGUGUGAGCAGCAGCUGAGGUCUCUUGGUGUGCUCAGCCUGGAGGAGACUGAGGGGAGACCUCGCUGCAGUUACAGCUUCCUCAUGAGGGGAAGAGGAGGGACAGGCACUGAUCUCUGCUCUCUGGUGACCAGGGACAGGACCAAGGGAAUGGCCUGAAGCUGCAUCAGGGCGUGUUUAGGUUGGAUAUCAGGGAAAGGUUCUUCAUCCAGGGGGUGGUCAGACACUGGAACAGGCUCCCCACGGCAGUGGUAGCAGCACCGAGCCUGACAGAGUUUAAGAAGUGUUUGGACAAUGCUCUCAGGCACAUGGGAUGAUUCUUGGGGUGUCCUGUGCAGAGCCAGGAGCUGGACUUUGAUGACCCUUGUGGGUCCCUUCCAACUCAGCAUAUUCUAUGAUGCUGUGAUUCUUACCUAAUAAACUAUCAGAGAAAUAGAGCCAGGUUGUUAAAACGAAAAAGUUUGCAUUUAAGUUUCAAGGAUGCUAACACAGAAGCUAUUAAAUCAGCACCAUGACAGCAGUAACUGUCUAGUAACUAUGAACUUGUGGAAGGAGGAAGCUUUAAAAGCUGCAGAAUACAGAGUACACCAAGAGUGAAUUCAGAUGAAAACUAAAUUCUCUCUUUAGUUUAGAAAAGAGAGCUACCAAGACUCUCUGUUCAAUGGUUUACAUAGGGAUCCCCCAAAACAGUUUUUGUAGUUUGCCAAAUGAUCAUGUGCCUUUGCAACCUUAAAAAGUACAACGGAAUGUAAACCAGGUGCUUUGUAACUAGAGCAGUGUCUUUGGUUUACAUCUGCUGCAGUAGUUUUGUAUAUAGCUAUCCCUGUAGGUAGGUAGUGUGGAGUUGGUCAACUCCUGUAAAGGAACAAGAGGGCAGAGAGCAUUCCCCAAAAUACCUAUUAGCAUUUCAAAGCUAAGAAUUGAAGGAUACUGAAUUUUCUUACAGUAAACCUGCUGCUUGAAAUCUGCUCUAUCAAGAGGUAAUGAGGUUCAUUUAACUUAAAAACAAGUAAGCCCUCCUCCCCUUCCAAAGACACAGAUCUUGUUAAGGAAAGCUCUGAAGAGGCCCCAAGUUACACUCUCACAGCAUCUUGGGAUGAGAUGGUAGAUGAAGAAUGAGAUGAGGAGAAACCGAUGGCUAGCACUCAUGUAAUCAAGGUUCACAUAGAUCAGACCCUACAAUUAGUUCCUUGUCCCAGAAAAGGCAGUAAAUUUUGUUUCUGGGAUGCCAGCAGGUUUCCUCACUUCUUCCCUGGGCCUCUUGCAGUUGCUGUUGAGUGUUCACAUCCUGUUAUUGCACAUGAACUGUGGGAGAUCGUAGGUGUCUUGUCAGCUGAGGGACAACCAGUAGGUGGGAAUUUGAUUUGUACAAAUUUCAGACUGGUUACGUAGACUUCUGGCAGUACCUACAUAUCAGUGUCAUAUUUAACCCACUUGUCCAUGAAGGACAAAAUAAUGGGUUUGGAUAUUAGUGCUUUUUCAGAUCUUUUCCCUUUCUUCCUUGGGGCAGGACUUUUGGCAUAGCUGUAACUUAGGAAAUUAAUGUCUAAAUGCACAAUUCAUAUGAAAUAUCAGACCAAUUUUAAUUUGGGUUUGUUCUUUUUAGAAAACAAGGUGUAAAAAUGUUUUACAUAUGUUCCAGGAAGUAUCUGGAAUCCUUCUACCUACCCCAAAUGCACUAAAAGUACACGUGAUGGUUUUGUCUUUUUCUUCUUCUUUUUUUUUUUUUUUUUUUUUUUUUUUUUUUUUUUUUUUUUUGAGGAUAUUUUUGUUGUUUUGUGGGGUUUUUUUGGGUUUUGUUUUGUUUAGGAACUUCUAAACUACCUACUAUUUGCUUCAUAGCAUCCAGCAGCAGUGUGUUCAGCUCACCCAGCCUCCUCAAGAGCCAACAGUGGCCUGUCUGGUCAUUUUGUCUCGUUUGUCAUGUUUGCAGCAACUGUACUUUAGAAUAAGCCUUGUGUGACACUUACUUUUGAGCAAGUAAACCACAAAAAUAACUGUUUUCUUUUUUUGUUGUUUAUUUGGGUUUGGAAAAUGGUCAGGUUUUGUUUUGAUAAAUGUCAUUCUGUGUUGCAUUUGUGUAUUCACCCUUGUUGAAGAGAAAAUCCAUCUGUGUGUUUGGGAGUUCAGUGGAACAUCAGGGGAAGAAAUGAAGCCCAUCAUCUGGUCAUGGAUGUUGGGUUUAGGGAAAAAUGGACCAAACUUGGGUGUUGAGUUAUUUGGGGAUGGUGGGGGGUUGUGAGGGCAUAAUUUAAAUUAACUCUGUCUAAAAUAAAGUGUAAGUGCAAUAAAUGUGCUUUUUUAUUCAAAGCUGUGAACCUUUAGAAAAAAAAAAACCACACAGGAAAAAAAGCAACCAAAAGAAAAAGCACAUCAUUCUUUCAUGAGCCUUGUGUCCUCCCUGCCUCCCCUUCCUCCUCCUCUCCACAUUUCUCAACUGACAGAAACCUGACUGUGGCCAACUUGCAUGUGUUGGCAACCCAAAUUAACAUUGUUGUUCUAAUCUCAUUGCUGGCGUUGGGGAAAGUCCUGUCCCGUGCUUCUUUUCCACUCUUGGGAUCAGUACUGCCCUGUACCUCCGGAGCAGGGUCUGCAGUACCAGGGGUGCACCAGCCAGCCCCUCUGCUCUGUGCUCAUCCUGACUCCAGGUGCAGAGCUGCUCCUGGCCCUCCGUUCUCCCGUGUAACCUCCUCCCCGCCUCACUCGGGGUGUCGUGGAGGCUCCCCGGGCUGGGCAGGGAAGUUAUUCUCGAGCAAUUGCAGAAGGACUCAGCCAUCAGCUGCCUCACGGAUCCCUUUGUCCCUGCCCCGCACACGUGGCCCCUGCUGCCUUCUGUGACCCUGCCUGUUUGGCAGCAGGGGUCGGUGUGUGUACCCGGUGUGCGUUACUGGCACUGGCUCUUCCUUGAGCACAGGCUGCUUUUCCUGCUUUGGGAAAGGGUCUCCUGGGCUUCCCAGGAAAGCACGAUGCAGUGAGCAGUGAGGGAAGGGGUGGCACUCACUGGUUGGACCCUCUGGGGGAGUAAGAGAGGACUGGCUUGUUUAAGUUUAUAGAUAUUCCAGAUCUGUAUCCUUUAAACUUUAUUAUUUUUAUAUAUAGUCAAGACAAUGGCAUUACCUCAUAAUACAGAGGCUUGUUUAUGAGAGGCAAAGUAUGUAGUAAGGAGAGGAAAGGGAAAUUUAUAUAUAGAUUUGGUUUCUUUUGUUUGUUUAUUCCUUAGUGCAAUGAAAUGUAUGUCCCACCACUUUAAACUCUCUGCUAACACAUUCCUUUCAGCUGUUUUCUGUAUUCUUUUUUCUUUUUUUAUUUUUUUGACCACCAGAGGUUUGCAAGGGGCUUAUGACUGCAAAGUAGAAGGUCCAGUCUGGUUACUUAAAAAAACCAAACCCAUUGUGUUAGUAGAUUUCCAUAGCUGCUUUUUAAAAUCUACAAUGGAGUAAUUGUUUUGAAAACUUGUAUUUAUUUUUUAAUUCAUAACAAAAUGUUUAUUUUUGGUUUCCUGUUAUGUAGGUCAUGGCAACUCCCCUUCGUUCCUUCUCAAGUUUCCCCUGUAAUUGCCAAUACAACUUACUUUUCUUGUUUGUUCCUUCUCCCUUUACUUUUGUUGUCCCUUCAUUUGUACUUUGGAGUUUUUCUCAUGUAAAUUUGUACAAUGGGAAAUAUUGUCCAGUUUGGUUAGAGAGCAUGGAGACUUAAAACAUAUUAAAAUUUGAUAGCUGAAUUCAGAUUGAAGAAAACUAUUUCAGUGUAAAGUUAUUUAAAGAACUCUGUAUUAUAUGAAAGGCAAGAAGUUCUAUGUACUUGAUGUGAAUAUGAGAAUACUGCUAUAAUAAAGAUUGACUGCAUGGAAAAGUC